AUGGUGCGCGUCACCCGGUCCAAGAAGGUCUACAUACCAGAGGACUCUACUGCAACAGAUCAACCACUCAAGCAUAAAUUGAUCUCAUCGAAUACUCUCGCAGAUAUCAGUCCAUCAAGGGGAAACUCACUGCUAGUUAGAUCUGUAGAUUCGAGGUCGGCUAAAACAAAAGCUGACAAUGAAUCUUCAAAGAAAUGUCUCAAUGGAAGAAGCGGCACAUUACAGAGAAGCAAACCUCAAGAUGAGCUCAACAGUACUGUGGACUCAGCUCAAACUGGAGUCAAAAUUAACCUUGACGUGUCGCCAAAAGAAGGUCCCAAGAGAUUAAGUCAACCACUGACUCACAGUGAAGACAUAAUACCCGAAUAUGUACCUCAAUGCACCGAGUAUUUUACAGAUACAGACGGAACUGGUGUGGAGAAAUCUUCUACGUCCAUCAAGACUACGCCGAACUACUGCCAAUUACGUAUUCAUGAAGCCGAAAAUUGGGCCAACAGAAAUGAUCUGGACAGCCUGAAAUAUCAAGAUACUACUAACGAAGAGUCAGUCCUUGAAUCUGAAGAGGAUUCAUUUAUUCAACAAAUCACGUCUCGGUCACCAGCCAAACCCGUCCCACGUGUUGAUGACCCAGUCGAAGCUCUCGAUAAAAUAGAGGAGGCCUUGGAGGCCUUGGAUGAAGUGGCCAAAGUUGAGCUUCUUGUUAAGCGCAUUAAGCACCCAAACCGUCAGUCACCAAAGGCAAAUAAUGUGUCUAGUACUUCUCCACAAAAAGGAUUUAACUCUUUGAGAAGAUCUAAGACUAUGAACCCAACAGUAUCAAGCAGAAAUUUUUCAGAACCAAUAGGACUAUCUCACCGUGCGUCACGCACUAGUGUUACUGGUCCCAAUUUAAGUAGAGCUACCAUAUUAUCCAAAGUAGCAGACUCACCAAGCUCGAUCACAACUCCCGUCAUAUCGCAACAUACUCAAAGACGGUCUACUAUUCAGCCUACAUCUGCAAACCCAAUCAAGUCAACAAAACCACUUACUCGCCCAAACUUCGAGCUCCCAGGUGAAGCUGUAGCACGUAAAAUUAAACAACAGCGCGAGAAUCGGAUCGCUCUCCGGCAAUCUUGCCAUCACGAGUACCAGGCAGCGGCAAGCAACCCUAAAUCUAGUUUUCCAAUGGGUAAACCACGAAACCUAAAAACGAGACCCUCCAAGAAUCAAGUUAUUACCUCCUCCAAAAACCAAGUCUCUCCUAAAACAGGAAUGCAUACUCCAGAAGUACCUGAUCUACGGGCCAAAGGCUUCACAAACCUAUCUAUCCACAGAUCUUCCACGGCAACUCCAGCUGUGUCCCAUGUAAAUCGUGACAGUGCAAAUAGCGAGAAGUCAUCGAAUUUAAGUGCCAUGGGUCCACAAAUUUCAAACACUGAAACCAGUUCUCUACAACCCACAAAUGGAAGCGUCAAAAAUCUUGCCCUCCCACUAAGUAAGUCUAAGGAGCCAGAGCUCAGUAACCCUAGCAAAAGUAUUAAGGAAUUGAGUAACGCGUCAGCGAGCAAUGCACGAAACGAGGCUGCAGAACGGGGACGGCAUGCUAUCCUGAAAUGGGCCGAGGAACAAAUGAUGAAGAGAUAA